UUUUUCAUUUACUUAUUUUGAAUUUUUCAGCUUUCAGAAAUAUUCAAAAAACAUCAUUGGAUUCUACUUUUCUGACUAUCUUUAUACUGAAAUGCCACAAGUUUAUAUUUGAUUAUUUAAAUUGAAAAAAUAAUCAUGAAAUGUUGAUUACAUCAAAAUAUGAAAGAAUGUUAUUCUUAUGGUUUCAUAGAAGUAUAUGUAUAUUUAUCAGGCCUGUAGCCUGGAUUUACCUGGAGGUACAUGCUGAGGGGGAGGAAGAAGAAGAUGAGAAGGAUGGAAGUGAUACAGAGAUAGAUAGUAAACCCCCAAGUCCCCUUCCUCCACCCCCAGAUAUCACCAUUAAGGCACCCGAAAAUGAUGGCCCCACACCCCCACCCCAUGCCAAUGGCGGAGCUGAUGAGGAAAAAAUCCGAAGCACAAUUCGUGAAUUAGCGAGUAAGGUUAGCUCCUCAGAAUCUCAAAAUGAUACCCCUAACCCAAAUAUAGCUGCGCUGGCGCAGGCGUGCGGGGAAUCAAUCUUGAACCCAGAGUUUUUAUUAGGCGGGGGUGACACAACAAGUCCAUUCGCUAAUACGUCAGAGACUAAGGUUGAUUAUAAGGAGUUCUUAAGUUCAACGUCAAGCAGCUCGCCAUUCCCUGGAUUAACUGUCGAUACAAUGCUUCAGGCAGAUAGUCCCGCAGAAAUGUUGCUUAUCAAGAAAUCGGGCAUCUUUAAAACAGAAUCGGAUUCCCCGAAUAAUAACACACAUUCAAAACAUCACGUUAGCGUGACAUUGACUAGCCAGAAAAUGAAGGGAUUGAAGGACUUAUUGAAGGUUGAAGGAAAGUUGAAUGCUAGUGCGAUAAAGCUACAAUUGACAGCCCAGUCCCAGGUGGAUUUAAAACGUAGUAAAGUCAACACAGAUUGGGAUGUUUCAGGCCCGAGAAAACGUACGAGAAAAUCCAUCGAACAUACGUGAUAACUUUUACUGAAGCUUGAAGUUUGACCAGUUUGGUUUUGUGUUGAUAUAUAAAGCAGUGCAUUAUAAUCAUGACUGAUUCAAACAUGACCGUGCUCUAAUUGAACUUCUCAGCCAAUCAGAAUGCAGCAUAGCCAAUAAUGAACGUUCAUUAUUUCUCCAUACAUGCACAAUCGUGCUCUAUUUAAUCUGCUUCCAGGAAUCUAUGUACAUGGUAUUGUGUUGUGUUAUGACGUCACACCUGGGAAUGGCGAAAAUAACAACGAGUUGGGUUAUUUCAAUCUCAAUACCCAAUUCUCUGAACAAGGUUUUCAUUUUCAUGUUUGAAUCGGAAUAAAUAAUGAUAGGCCAUUCAAUAUGGUGAAAUUCUACACUCGGACAAAAUGUUAGUACAAAUGCACUCACCUUCGGUUUGUGCGUUGUAGGACAUUCUGUCCAACUCGUGCUGAAUUUGACCAUAUUGAAUGGCCUAUCAUUUAGAGUAAAGUAUUACAUCUCUGUUCAC